GGUAUCGGUAGCGUGGACGUGGCCAAAGUGCACGAGAAUGGAGCACCUGGAUGAUUACCAGACUGCAGAGGCCACCAAUGGCAAAGGAACCGCGAACAACGACGAUGAAGACGGUUUCGAUCUCGACGAUCUUCUGCCUAUCGUCGGCGAAUUCGGUCGUUACCAGAAACAGCUUCUCUGGCUCGUGUGUCUUCCUGCGUGCCUCCCGUGCGGAUUUUGCGCCUUCAAUCAGCUCUUCAUGGCCGACACGCCACCCCACUGGUGCAAAGUGCCAGGAUUGGAAAACCUGGACGUCUCGCGUAGAAGGAAACUCGCGAUCCCCAUCAGUCAGGAAGACAACGAAACGUACAGUCAAUGCACACGAUACGAUAUCGAUUGGACGACGGAAAAUGUUUCUGUCGUGACACGGCUCCUGUCUAUACCGAACACAUCCUGGCCCGUUGUUCCGUGCGAUCAUGGUUGGGAGUACGAGACCUCGGAGACGCCAUCUUCCAUCGUUAUCGACUUCAACUUGGUGUGCGACCAUGCGAUUUACCCUACGAUUGGCUUGGUUGCUCUGAACACGGGUGGUCCAAUAGGGGUGUAUCUCUUUGGUACCCUAAACGACAGAAUCGGCAGAAGGCUAUCGUUCUUCACGUGUCUGGCGACACUGAUCACAGGAGGAUUUCUCACGUCGAUAUCGAACAGCUUCUGGACCUGGGCUGCCACGCGGAUGGUCGUCGGUCUGACCAUACCAGCCAUCUAUCAGAUACCUUUCAUCAUAUCUUUGGAAUUGGUUGGACCAAAUUACCGGUCGUUCGUGACGGUAAUGACUUGCAGCUUUUACACGAUGGGUCUGUGUAUGCUGGCUGGCGUAACCUACUUAAUAAGAGAUUGGAGAACGCUGGCUGUCACCACCAGUGCGCCCUUCCUUUUGUACUUCUUUUAUUGGUGGUUCCUGCCAGAGUCGCCGCGAUGGUUGCUGGCCAAAGGUCGCCUCGGGGAGGCGAACGAUAUCCUCGAGAGGCUCGCGAAAGUUAAUGGGAAAGAGUUACCGAUCUCUUUCACCCAGAAACUCCGGCAAAGAAUGAUGAUGUCACGGUCAAAAAGUGAAGAGGAAAGGUUGCGCAACGGGCCUGGCGUUCUCUCGCUCUUUAAGACGCCAAACAUGCGUCUGAAGACUUGUUUGAUCACAUUAAAUUGGUUUGCCAACAACAUGGUGUACGUGGGUUUGUCGUACUACGGUCCAGCCUUGGGGAACGAGGAGCACCUGAGCUUCUUCUUCUCGUCCCUUGCGGAAAUUCCCAGCUACAUGGCUUGUUGGGUGGUGAUGGACCGAUGGGGUCGCCGAUGGCCACUGUGUUUGUGCAUGGUUAUGGCUGGGGUCUCCUGUAUCGCCACGGUUCUCCUAUCAUCUGAGGCUGUGGUGGCUACGUUGAUUCUGUUCCUUUUAUCGAAAUCCGCGAUAUCGGCCUCCUUUUUAAUCAUAUACCCGUUCGCCGGUGAACUUUACCCUACGCAACUGCGCGGCGUAGCGAUCGGUUUCUCCGCUUACAUCAGCGGUCUCGGACUAAUCAUCAUUCCUUUUGUCACUUAUCUGGGUAAGGAGAACUUGGUGCUGCCCCUGGUGAUACUGGGCACCGUGUCGGUGAUCGGCGGACUCUCCGGGUUGCGUUUACCGGAGACUCUGCAUCAUCGGUUGCCGCAAACGGUGGAGGAAGGAGAGCUCUUCGGGAAGGACUGGACCUGUGCUGACUGCUUCCGUUGCGUUCCAAUAAAACCUUCGUCCGCCGCAGCAUCCUAUGAGGAUCUAUCGGCUAGAGAGACUGUGGAGAUGCACGAGGUGCCCGAACCGCCAGCAAUGAUGCCCCAGAGAAUAUUGGAGGAGCAACAGAGGCCCAGCAACGCGAGCGUGCGUCGAUUGGUUCGUCAAUCUAGCGUGAUGGACACGCAGCGGGACUCGGACGGGUCCAUCAAGAUGACUUACUGGUUCUAGACGCUGAGUCGAGCCCAGUGGUUCAAAUAAAACCGAAAUAAAUCCCGUGCCUCUGCCUUUUCGCGCGAGACAGAAGGAAAUAGUAGUCGUUUUAAACGGUCAGUUUAACUCGGUCAGCUCGAUGAUUCUUAGAAUCCUAAGAUGGCCUGGAAGGUCGUUAUACCAUACCAAAGGUCGUUUAAUCGCGUUACGAUCAAUAGCACCGCUACUCCAGGUUAGGCUCGAAAGGGUAUUCCACCAUAAACAAUUGAAAGCAUCGAUUUAAUUUAUGAUUCCGUUAUGU